UUGACGCGUCAAUUCGCGCAUGCGCGCUUUUGACGACCGACCCACUAGCUAUUUAUUUACAGCAGACACAAAAUGAAUGAAAUAUAUUGAAAAUAAUAAUGUGAUUUAUCCAUUAGAUCAAAUUAAACAUUUUAUAUUAUGGUCAACAGCGAAGACACGGAGGAAGAGGAAGGAAAAUUGCGUGUUUGUUUUUGGGCGCACCGACAAGCUAACUAACAGGCUAGGAAGCUAACUGGCUAGCAUCUUAACAAAAUGUAUGUUUUUUACACAAUAGUCGCGUCGUUGGUCGCCUUUUUUGUUUUGAAGUGGAUGAAAAAGAGGAGGUACUGCACCGACCUGAAGCGACUGGAUGGCAAGACGGUUCUUAUCACUGGAGGGUGUUCUGGGGUGGGCAAGGAGACGGCCGUGGCUUUAGCCAUGAGGGGCGCCCGUGUGGUCAUCGCCUGCCGAGACUCCGACAAGGCGGAGAAGGCGGUGCGGGAGAUCAAGUUCAGGAGCCGCAGUCUGCUGGUCCUCCACAUGAAGCUGGACCUGGCCAACCUGCGCUCGGUGCGGGACUUCUGUGAGAAAUUCCUCCGGCAGGAGAAGAGGCUGGACGUCCUGGUCAACAACGCCGCCAUGCCCGGCGUCCUCGACUGGACGGAUGACGGCUUCAGCAUGUGCUUCGGCGUCAACCACCUAGGCCACUUCCUGCUCACCGACCUGCUGCUGGGCCGCCUGAAGGAGUGCGCCCCCAGCCGCGUGGUGACGCUCACCUGCUCCAGCUACAAGUACCAGAAGCUGGACUUCCAGGACCUCAACUACAACCUGCUGCCCUUCUUCACCUACUGCCGCAGCAAGCUUGCCAACGUCUACUUCAGCCACCAGCUGGGACGCCUCACGCAGGGGAAGGGCGUCACUUCCUACCUCGUGCACCCGGGCUUCGUCCAGAGCGGAUGGACGUGUCACUACUCUGUCCUCUUCCGCGUGCUGAUGCGUGUCGUCAUGUGGAUGUUCUUCGUGCCCUGCGAGGCGGGAGCGCAGACCGUGGUCCACUGCGCUGUGUCAGACCACGCCGCCAAGAUGGGCGGCGGCUACUUUGUGGACUGCAGAGCCGCCGCCUUGCGUCCUUUCGCCAGGGACGCCGGCGUGGCCAAAAAGCUGUGGGAGGCCAGCGAGAGACUGGUCAAACUGUCCUGACGUCACUUCCUGUUUACAUUUCCAACUUAUUCAUAAUGAGGUUAUUAGAGGAAAUAAUGCUCCAUUUAACACCUACUAAACGUUUCACAUCCGAAUCGUGUUUCUGACUCAUUCCGAUUCUAAAUCAGUUCAACAUUUUACAAAAAUAUAUUUAAAAAAAAAAGUAAAAUAUUUAAACAGCCAUUUUAGACCACCUCCAUGCAACCAGAAUGAGUUUUACUGACCCGUUGUGAAAAAGUUGAAUUAUUAUUGUACUCAAUACCACUAAAUUAAUCUAAAAUUGUUUCUGAAUCGAAUCGUCACCCCAGGAGUCAAGUCACACCCGAGUUGUUUCUGAUUCUUUCCGAUUCUAAAUCAGUUCGUUUUCAAAAAUUACAAUUUUAUUAAAAUAAUAUUUAAACAGCCAUUUUAGACCACUUCCAUGCAACCAGAAUGAGUUUUACUAACCUGUUGUGAAAAAGUUGAAUUAUUAUGGUACUAUAUACAACUAAAUGAAUCUAAAAUUGUUUCUGAGUCGAAUCGUCACCCCAGGAGUCAAUUCACACCCGAAUUCUGUUUCUGAUUCGUUCCUAUUCUAAAUCAGUUAGUUUUCAAAAAUGUUAAAAGUUUUAUUAAAAUAAUAUUUAAACAGACAUUUUAGACCAUCUCCAUGCAACCAGAAUAAGUUUCACUAGCCUGUUUUGAAAAAGUUUAAUUAUUAUUACUAUUAUUAUACUAAACAAAUCCAAAAUUGUUUCUUAAUCGAUUUGUCACCCCAGGAAUCAGAUAAAAUUAAUUGGGUGACCAAAGAUUCACAACUUUACAUUUUACGGUCUAUUGAAAGCUGAAAUUAUUGGCAUUAAUAGCUGUGGCUGUAGGCAACCUCUGUGCAUUUGUUUUUUGUUCAUUACUGCACCCAUUUGAAGCACGAGUAGUAUCUACCUCUUCAUGCGUUAUAAAGUGUUGCAACCUCGGCAUGAUUAUUACUACUUGUGUUACAUUGUGUUGUGGAAUGCUCUUGUUAGUAAAUGGUUAUGUUUUCAAUUCC